AGCUGGUUUGAUGCUUUGUUGAUACCAUUGAACCCUCGUGUUAGAGAGGUUAGAAACCUUGCGAAAACUUCUGAAUGUUGUUAAUAACUCAAAUAAACUAACUGGUUAUGUACGAAGAACCGUGAAUAAAGGGCGCUGAUGAUCCGAGUCGCAAGAUUCCUUCUACUCAGGAAAUCCUACAAAAAUUAGACGGGGUCGAUUUCACUUGAAGCAGUCUGAAUCUAGAGAAGAUGGAUUUCACGUCAUUCGUCAAAGACACGAAGAAUACAACGGUCUUACCUCCAGUUUCGACUCUCAUAACUUCUGCGGGUCAUUUUACAAAUUUAAAUUACAGCAAUUUUCAAAGUGACCAGAUGCCAAUGGAUAAUUCGAUGCCUGCGAAUUGGAUUUCAAAUGAAAAUAAAGAAUCCGCUUCUGGAAUUUUCGAGGAUUUAAAUAUAUAUUGCUGGACUGAUGAUCGAAAUCCCCAGAUGCAAGAGCGAAGCAAUGACACAUAUGACACAGACAACUUUUCGUCGGAAGCUUUUAAUAAUAAUGACAGACCAAAUACGGAUGGUGCUCUUUAUUCAGUGUCUGUUCAUGAUACAGAAACCGAAUCAAUGGAUGCCUUAGAGUUUUGCAAUAGUCCUGCUUUACUGGCUGCUGAUUCCUGGUUUCAAGCGUGCUCUCUAACUGCUCCUCGCUCUACAACUACGUUACAAGUAACUUUAGAAAAUCAGGAGAAUCAUCAAGAACAAAUUCAACCGGAAGAACUUCAACCAGAGGAACUUCAACAAGAAAAGCAUCAACAAGAAGAGCAUCAACUAGAAUCAGAGAUCAAAUCUGAGACGCCACGAAACGAUUCUUCAGUCUCAAUUAAUAAUGCUACUGCUAAUCAAAAGUCAGCAACAUCAAAAAGUGCCCUUCGUACUGAACACAAAGGGGAAAAACCUCUUCAUUAUUGCACUUUAUGUGGCAGAGGUUUAAGUGAUAGGGCUAAACUUCAGGAUCAUAUGAUGAUACAUACCGGAGAAAAACCGUUCUCCUGUACGGUCUGUAACAAAAGUUUUCGACAAAAGAAUCAUUUGACCCGGCAUACUAGUACACAUUCAGAAGAGAAACCAUUUUCCUGUACAGUAUGUGGUAACAGUUUCCGACAGAAGACAUCCCUAAAUCAACAUAUCAAAACACACACAAAACCAUAUUCGUGUACAGAUUGCGAUAGAAGUUUUUCCCGAAAAUAUGACUUGACGAAACAUGUUGAGAGAGGCAAUUGUUCCGAGUCUCGACAGCAGCAGCAGCAGCAGCAACAACAACAAAACUAGUAAAGAUAUUUUCAAUGUAUACCAAAAAAAGUCCAUUAUAAUGUGUAAACUCAUUAAAUUUAGUACAUUGACCAUUUUUUAGCUGCUGCUGUUACCAUUUGUAAUGUUACUACAUAUUUAGUUUCUUUACAUUAGAUUUUUUUAUUUUUCACUAAAUCAAUUUGCGUGUAAUACGCAGUGAUAAAUUGCCUUUCCUGUCAAGGUACAAUGAACAAUUGAACAUGUACAAUGCAAAAUCCGAUAAAUUGUGCAUGGGUGUAUAAAGCCUGCAGUGCGGGCGCUCUGGGCUUUGCCCACAACAUAUAGACUGAUCAAAGUCAGUUCAGCUAUAAACCUGUAGCUACUGUUGUUACCAAUGUAAUAUUACAUUGUUGACAGAGUUUGUUCGUUCAAUCACAAUAAAUAUAAAAUAUUUUCUAAUGAUCAUGCGGUAAAGAUGCAUCGUUGAGAUACUUCAGUUUUCAAAAAUGCAAUUUUACAAUCCAAAUUACAAUGUAUAUUGUCAUUUAACGAACAAAUCUUGUUUACAGUGCACUAACGAGUAUAUGAUAUUUUGUAAGUUUUAUCGGACGAUGAGAUACUUUAAUUUUCGACAAUGCAAUUUUACAAUGUAAAUUGCCAUGUAAGUGCGUCAUAUGACUAUAGAUUGCCAUUUAAUGAACAAACGUUGUUUACAGUGCUAUAUCUAAUUUUUUACUGUUACAAAAAUUUGAUAAUUAAACAUUGUUGAAAAACUAGGUUAAAGUAUGAUUGUGAACAAAAAUUUAUGUAUAAUAAAUAUAACUUUCUUCUA